CCUUCAAGUUACGGAGUCCAGAUAGAUUUAUGCUGCGGCGCUUCUGUCACUUCUUCACAGUUCCCUUCUGAAUAAGACCAAGAAGACCGAAAGACAAGACACCAAAAAGGUCAGCAACCAGAGCGUUCGAGCGCUCUGCAAUCGAUACUCACCACGUCUGCUUCUGCUGUGUCUGAAGACAGCCAGGCGGCCGUCGAGCGGGAGCCCGCAGCGGUUCCUGUCGCCGCCUGGCAGCCCGAUGGCGAGGCUGGCGAGUGCCCAAUCUGCCGGCGGGCGUUCACGAUGUUUUAUCGGCGGCAUCAUUGCAGGUGAGCCAUACUGUGAUCCUCUGCUCUCUUCUCACGAUCAUGCUAACACAACUCGCUCCUAGAAUAUGUGGCCGAGUGGUCUGUGGAGUCUGCUCCGCCAACUUCAUUCCGUAUCCUCCGGGCACAUACUCGCUCGCACCCGGCGCGCCGCCUGAGCCGGCCGGAACACUGCUGCGGACGUGCGAAGACUGCAUCCGCGAGCCAGCAGCUGCGAACCGCGAGAUCUACUCGUCGUUCCCGGAUGCUCCCCGACAGCCUUCGUUCUUCGCCAAACGGCCGCGUGCCCGCUCGUCUGUUUCAGUCUCGUCUUCCUCCGCCGCCGCAGCGUCAUCCUCCUUGCACACUCCCUCGCCCUCCACGUCCUCCUCGCCGGCAUCUACCUCGCAAAUACAGCAGCAUCAGCAGCACCAGCAGCACCAGCAGCACCAGCAGCAGCAUCAGCAGCUCCAACAGUCCCCUCGCUUCUCUCCCUUCCAUUUCUACAGACCGUCGUCUCCGCGCGCUACAAAGAACUCUGUUGUCGAAUCGACGAUUCCGAUCUCGGCCGCCACCGCCGCAUCAUCAGCCCCGCCUCAACCUCCCCAUCGCGGCUUCCGUCUGAUCCGACGCGAAGCCGACAGUGAACACCCUUCCGCCGAAGACGACGACGAUGAAGACGACGACGACGACGACGACGACGACGAGGAUCGUUGUCCGAUCUGUGGUCGCCGGCUCUCGAAAUUCAAGACCGAGGAAGAGCGCGAAACUCACGUCAACGACUGUCUAACGCACGCGACGUUCUCUGGCUCACCAGAGCAGGCCCGACGUCGAAACCGCAUGGUGGUCUACAAACUCCCCGAGUCCCAGGCAGGCAAAGAAUGCGUCAUCUGCUUUGAAGAGUUCCAGAAAGACGACCUAGUCGCGCGGCUAGAAUGCCUCUGUGUCUACCACCGCAAAUGCAUCCGAGCGUGGUUCGAAAAGAAGGGAAUGGGAGAAUGCCCGAUCCAUGCUGUCCACACCUAGCAAUCACCCGUUGCUGCUGCUCCUGCUCAUAAUCGAAUCCUGCUCGCCAGAGCAGUCAUAAACAUGGUCUAGGCCUUUUCCAUGACCAUCCUACGCACGAACGUUUCCAAUUCUUCUUGUUUGUGUAUCUACUUUUAUUUUCUCUAGUAUGGUGUCGUGGUUCUUUGUUCAUUUGUCGUUAAUGCUUU